AUGAAGCGCGCAUCGUCGCCUUCCUCCUCGACACCGCCCCAAUCCUUCAAGAAGCGUGCGCGCGUGCACACUCCGCCACGCAAUGCGCUCUCUUCCUGGUUGAAGCCGGGUGAGCCGGCGCCGCUGCUCGUCUCAAGUCCGCACCUCCACGCUGUGUCCAGCACAUUUACGUCGUUCGCACUGUCACUCUCUCCACCCUCCAACAUUCGAACAGCAGAGGCACUGAAGAAGCAUGUGCAGAACAUUGUCCGCGGCAUGGACAUUGUCAGUCUUGUCGGCAAGGAGUUGCUCGAAUCACGAGACGGUGCUUUCCAGAGCGACGGCGGGCUGGCUCCGGGCCCGAGGAAGAGAGCCCGCGAGCCAGAUCACAGAAUGUGGGCAUGCCGGACACUCGUGCUGAAGGAAGGACGAGAUGGGACACAGGGAGAGGACGAUUAUCAGCUUCUGGAAGCGAUGGACGAUGACGGAGAGCGGUACGGCGGCGACCGAGUGCUCAAAGUCCUGAACGAGGUUGGCGCUGUUGAUGUGCUCGUUGUUUGUGCGCGGUGGUUCGGCGGAGAUAUGCUCGGUCAUGCAGCUCAAGCGCUCAUGGAGAAAGUGAAGCUGCGCGAUCUGCGCUCGGCGCUCACGACCUUGGACGAGGCAAUUGGCGAACUGCGCCGCGACAUUGCCAUCUUGUCCGCCACAAACGAUAAUGCUCCAAGUGCCACAGCGGGUAAGGCUCCCGCUGAGAAUGACGGUGCCGAUGCAGACGGCAAGGCAGAAGGAACUAAAGAAACCGAGAAGAUGCGCACGCCUGUCCCACAAAAACCAAACUACGCGGCGAUCUCCGACCCAGUACGGCUCGAGCGCCUCAUUGCCGCCAAAGAGAAGACGAUGGCGAACCUGGACUCGAAGUUGGCCGUUUUGCGGGCAGAGCGCGAGUAG